UGACUAGAAAUUGAUCUGUGUUUGCAUCAGCCUCGAGUAGCAGCAGCCUGUGGGGCAAGAAGGUCCACUUCAGACAUCGUCCAUGCGUGUGGCAGCUGCAUCCUGACACAGUGGUGCCCCCAUUGCAGAAGCUGAGCGUAUGCAUGCUACUGAGACGCUCCUACGACACAGAAUGGACUGCUUUUGUCUACAAAGCUCCGGGAAGUCAACAUGUGGAGUUGGGCCUGAAGGGCACCGGGUCACAGCUGGUGGUUUUGCUCUUCGGACAAGAAUGGAGUCUGGAUUUACAAUUAACGGUGCAGCAAUGGUUUUCAGUCUGCCUCACCUGGUCCGGGAGGUCCAGUAGGCUACGGCUCUUUCUGAACGGAACCAUGCACAGUGAGGCCUUUUUAGAAAAGGGACAACAGCAUUUGGCUCAGAACGGCACCCUGACUUUGGGGGUAUCUCACUAUGUGGAUGCCAGUGGCGCCGUCCAAGUAGAGAAUGGGAACAACCUCUUGGGGGAGAUCAGCCAGUUCAGGAUGUGGGCCAGCGAAUGGAGCGAGGAGGAGCUGAGGCGGCGGACGUGUGCGGAUGGAGAUGUUGUGAGCUGGGACCUGCGCCAGUGGAAACAUGACUGCCCCGCGGAGAAAGAUGACAACCUGCACUGUGCAUGGUCCUUUUUCAAAAUCAAAAUGCAGUCAUCCCUCAGCCAGACAAAGCAGCAAGGAAAUUGCUCCGGGUCGCUAACGAAUAUCACCAGAAAUUGGGUAUGAAGGAAAUAGUCGCGUUAUGUGGAAAAUAUCUGUCAAAUUAACAUUUGCCGCUGUCUCUUAUCAG